GCUUAACAUAUUAACGUGGCCAGGGGUACAAAUUUCGUUUUUUACAUGGAUAAAUAGAGCAUCUGGACGCACGUAAGUGGAAAAGGACAGCGCUUGCACGGCCAGCUGGAAAAUCGCACCAUCGGCAGAGUCCCUCGAUUUCGUUACACAAGUCCUUCCGCUCACGAAAACUGCAGUUCUCGAGCAGCGAGCAGCACGAUCGGAUCACCUGCGGCGAUACGUUCUUGAAGGUAGUUCGAAGAGGACUGGCCGACCGCGGAAAUGGCUUCGCCCGAAAAGGAGAAACUGUACACUCCGAGCGAAUGGAGCAAGCGGUACAAGCCCGAGGAGGUGAUGGAACAAUUCAUGAAAUUCUGCACCGAAGUCACGGAAGAGGUUCGGGAAAGCAUCAAGUGCGAGCUUGACGUACCUUACGGCACGACGGAACGCACGAUAUACGACAUUUACGGCACCGAUUUGCCAAAAGACGCGCCGAUAUUAGUCUUCAUCCACGGCGGAUACUGGCAGGAAUUCAGCAAGGACCUCACCGGCUUCUCGGUGCCGUUGUUUGUCAAGAACAAGAUUAAAGUAAUAACAGUGGAAUACGAUUUGUGCCCGAAUGUCAGAGUGUCGGAUAUAAUAGUGCAGGUGAAAUCGGCGUGCGAGCAAAUACUCAAGUAUGCGGCUGAUAACGGUUGCAAAUCCGUGCUGAUCAGCGGACACAGCGCCGGGGCGCACUUGGCCGCAUCUCUCUUGCACGACGUCGAGUGGAUGAAACGCAUGGAGCAGCAGGGAUACUUGGCCCUAUUGAAGGGAAUCGUCCUGAUAGCCGGGCUUUAUGACAUAAGACCUAUAGUCGACGUCAGUCACUCGGCUGUCCUCAAUUUCACCGACGAGGAGGUAAAGAGAAUAAGCUGGUUCCUCUGCGACGAGCCGAAGGAGCGGAUCCACGGCUUGAAAGUUAUCGUGACCAUAGGCGACUGCGAUUCUCCAGCAUUUAUAGAUGACUCGUGCCGCUACAUUCAGAAAAUUAUAUCCAUGGUGAACAACGUGGAGUUCCAUUUGCUGCGAGACAUCGACCACUUUGACAUUGUGGAGAAACUCCUGGAUCCAGACUACGUCCUGGCCAAGUCAAUGCUGCACUGUCUGCAGUCGGGCACGAAUACGCGCUAGUCGGGCCGCUUUCUUAUGCAGUGUGCUUGUACCUACUUUUGUUUAAAAAAAAGAUUUAUUUAAAAUCGU